CCGACACUUCACCAUCAACGACACCAACAAGAAGACAAUCAAAGUUUCCAUGAAACUCAUCAACCUUUCCCAUUACCAAUUAUAUAUCUCCGGCCACCACUUUUGCAUCUGUUAAUUUCAUCACCAUGGCUUCUCCUAAAGAACAAGUCAAGCCUUUUGCCCCAGCCAACUCACACUAUCUCCGCAGUGAUGAAGAGGAAGUCGCCUCUUUGCACAUAAAGCUCCGGCAAAGAAAAUACGUGCACUGUUGCGGCUGUGUCUCUGCCGUGUUCUUAAUCAUAGCUGUAACAGCCAUAGUCCUCGGAUUCACCGUGUUUCAUGUAAAGGAUCCGAAGAUCAAGAUGAACGAGGUCACAGUCCAACGGCUGGAGCUUGCCAAUGGAACCCUACGGUCGGAUACUAACAUAACACUCCUAGCGGAUGUCUCCGUCAAAAAUCCUAACGUGGCAUCUUUCAAGUAUAGCAAUGCCACCACUUUGGUUUACUACAGCGGGACGGAGGUCGGCGAAGGGAGGACUCCAGCGGGAGUGGCAAAGGCGAGGCGGACGUCGAGGAUGAAUGUUACGGUAGAUAUUGUUCCCCGGAAGAUCUUGGGCGUACCGGGGCUCAUGAGGGAGGUGGCUUCAGGGGAACUGACCAUGACGACUUAUACGAGAAUUCAGGGUAAGGUGAAAGUCGUCAUGGUCAAGAAAAAUGUAGUGGUUGAAUUGAAUUGUACCGUGAGGUACAAUUUUUCAAGCGGGGAGAUUCAACGAGAAGAUUGCAAACGGAGGGUUCGUCUGUAAUGAUUAGGAUUCAUUUUUUUCGAUCUGUUGAAAAUUGGAUCAGAUUAAUCUUACACAUGAGUAAGUUAUACUGUUGUAAUUUAUUGAUUAUAUCUGAUAGUAAUAUAGAAACACAGGUUACUAAAAGAGCAGUCGUUGUAUGGAAGUUGUAGCCUUUUCAAUUUUCAUGAUCAUUGCCAAUCAUCAAAAGAGUUCUAUGUUAAUUGAUACUUAAUGCCAGAAUUUUACUUUA